CCAGUCAACACUGUCAGUUCAGAGCGUAAUUUCACUUUACGUCAUUCCUAGCUAGUGUAGUUGUAGGUCUAUCUGCAGAUAAAAAAAUAGCUCAGACAGUGCCUGUCCUGCUGUUCAGUGAACGGUAGUUGUCUGUGACUACUCAACGGUCUCCUCGACAGCUCGCCAUUGUGCAGAGCUCCACGGCUAUUUUGGAGAACCGCGGCGGGGAAAUGAAAGUAUAGACGGCGAAGAGUUCGAUGUCUGGUGUUCCUCGUUGUAGAGCCUAUGUUCUUGGCGUCAAUUUGACCCCGAUGCAGGAUUUGAAACCCUUGCUGGAACUACAUGUGAUAUAUGUUGGGUAACGGUGUGAAGCGCAAACUGGAUGAGGACGGCCUGGAGGAGGGCAACCACUCAAGGGCAGCGGGCAGCCACUCAAGGGUUAACUACACGCUGCAGCGCCAGACGGUGCUAAACAUCUCCUUGAUGAAGCUGUAUGGGCCGCCGCGGACGCCUGCCACUGAGCCAGCCCUGCAGCGCCGCGUGCUCAUCAACAACGUCAUCCGCCGCAUCCACCACGAGUUCAAAGAGGAAGGCGGCGCGGGGCUGCGCGCACACUUCUUUGCCGUCCAGCCGCCGGCGCCGAACAUCACCGAGGACGAGGGCUACCACGAAGCUCCGACAUCUGCGUUCGGCGGCGUCCUCUCCCCGCCCCUCUCGCCACUGUCGUCGCUGGACUCUGGUUUGACCCCGGCCUCGCUCCUGGACGAUGACCCGCCACUGUUCUUCGCCUUACCGCCGUCCUCACCCCAUCCCCUGGGUCACCACCCUGUCUCGCUGAGACCGUCAGAGCCCCCCCCGCCUCCUGCCAAGGACAGCUUCUCCUCAGCUUUGGAGGAGAUCGAGGAGCUGUGCCCCAUCGCAGUGACAACCUCUACUACCUCCUCCCUACAUUUGUCUCCUCCACCUUCACCCCAGCCCCCACUCUCUCUACCAGCAGGGAUAGACAUGAAAGAGGAAGGGAGGACAUACAGCCCGAAGGACAAGGAGUCGCUCUUGCUGGACGAAAGCCAGGCUGCAAAAACAGACCCUCCCAGCGCCCACGCAGACAUAUUGCCCUCCUCCGGGGGCUUCCUCACUGACUUUGCCCUGGAUGACAUUCUAUUCACGGACAUCGACACCUCCAUGUAUGACUUUAACCUCCCCUGCGGUGCCUCUUCAAUACCGCCGAACUUGGGGGUGUCCAAAACGACCCCCAUGGUCACUGCAGACGACCUGGUCAAGACUCUGUCCAGUUACAGCGGGGGAGGGGCGGGCUCUCCCCCUCUGGCUCAAAACCAGCCCUUCAAAAUGGACCUGGCUGAGCUCGACCACAUUAUGGAAGUCCUGGUGGGGUCUUGACUGACAUCGGGAUCGUGUUCAAUAGGCACAAAAAGGAAGAACUGAAUGAAACGGCAAGUUGCUUGUCCAAUAAGAAAUGCUCAUUUACAUUUUCCGUUUUGCUACGGUGUGCCCUAAGGAACACGACAAACUUGAUAAAAAGUGCCGUAGGCGGCGAAAUGUUAAAAUUAUUAUAGUUUUUUUUCCUAUGUCCGAAAAUUGUAAGAGACUUCACCAGAGACGUUUUAACUACACUGUGCAUGCGUUGUGCUCGCCUUUCCAAAAUGGAAACAAAAUGUUGAAUAUACUGUAUGGAAUGCAUUUAUUUGAUUGCAAUUUGAGUGCCUUUGUCUGUACUACAAUUUUCUUCUCUUCUCCAAAUGCAAAGAUAUAUAUCUUUUGCACACAGCACCAUGGGUAUACACCGAUGCAUCCAAAUUGAGGGUACUUUAACAAUAUUUUGUAUGUGUAUGUGACCUUUUUCAUAGGCCUCAUUCAAGUUUCUUUUUUUUUUUUUUCUAUAUUUUAAUGUAUUAUUCAUAAUUUGUUAGUUGAAUUUAUCAUACUGCUGUGUAUGACCUUUCAACUCUAUUUGUAGAUGGACUACGUUUCCUUUAUGGCAUGUUUUUGAAUUUGCUCAACUGAUCUGACUCAAAAGGAUAUCAAGUGAAAUAUACAAGGGUAACCUUGCAAGGUCUUUAGUUCACAGUUCAAACACAAUUGCAGACAUCAAUAAAUGUUGAAAAUAAUCUGUACUAAGUGAUUAUGAAGUUAUUUAUUAUUAAUUUCUGGUGUACCACAUAUAUUUAUUCAAACAUGACACUAACAUUUGGGUUGUACAGAACAUGCAGUCAAAUUCUGCUAGUAAUGUGUGAAGAAAUGCAGUGUAAUAUAUUUGACCCUGGUUUUGUUUUUCAGGGAAGUGAAUACCGGUAGUCAGUGUGGUGGGCUAUGUCUCUGGUGUUUGGCAAUCGAUCAGUUCGGGAAGCAGUUAGCCAACAACUUUCAGUGAUGACUUUAGUAAUCCAAAGCCUUUAAAACAAAGCAUUUCUCGUCAGUCAGUGGCAAAAAAAUGUUAUGCUGCUUACUGUUCUUUGCAUUAUGGUUUAUUAUUCUUAUUUUUUUUAAAUGGAAGCAAAUGUGGUCAUUUCCAGUCAUUUCGCCGAUUUGUUUUUAAGUUGACCUGUUUUCAAGAAUGGCUGUAUUUUAACACUGACCUUCAAUCUGUGCCUUGUUCUAUGCAAUAUGUAUUAAUUGGUCUGAAAUAUCUGAUUAUUUUUUAUGUAUAAAUGUGCAUACGACUUUAAUGCAGUUAUACUUUUGUAGAUUUAUUUUAUACAAUAAAUGAAAUGUCAACAAUU